GGGUAGCGGGUACCCGUGUUCGUACGUAACAGAUUAGUCCAACAGAAAGUAUGUUCGCGUUUAUGUAACUCUGUUGGUUAGUUGACAAGUUGGAAGCGGCUCACCGGCAACGCUAUCACUGCUGUCAUUUGAAACACUAGUUACAUUAGGCGUUAUCAUUUGACACGGCGAUAACAGCAGGGCGACAACGAAUACCGCUGAACACGUCCUAGAUCUCACGGGCAAAAUGGACAAAAAGAAAGUAAUUUGUAAAGAUCCACUUGUGGUUGGCACAAGCACCAAGCGAGGAGAAGAUGCUGAGGUCAGGGAUACUUGGGCGAAUAAAGUGGAAUUCAUUCUAGCCUGCAUCGGCAAUGUUGUUGGACUGGGUAACAUGUGGAGGUUCCCUUAUCUCUGCUAUAAAAGUGGAGGAGGUGCUUUUUUGAUACCAUAUUUCAUCAUGUUGAUUGUAUGUGGGAUCCCCUUGUUAUACAUGGAGCUAGCUGUUGGUCAGUACACAAGACAAGGACCAAUAGGAGCAAUGCACAAAAUUUGUCCACUUUUCAAAGGAACUGGUUUGGCCACAGUGAUUAUGUCUUUUCUUCUAUCCACCUACUAUAAUGUCAUCAUUGCUUGGGCUCUGUAUUACUUAAUCAAUUCCUUUAUGGAUCCCUUACCCUGGGAGGGUUGCAAUAAUGAUUGGAAUUCUGAGCUUUGCUGGAAUGGGACCAAAUUUAAUAGCUCUCAGGACCAAGAAGAAAGCAAUAAAACAAGCGCACCUCAAGAAUUUUACGACAACCACUUGUUACAAAUGACUAAAGGAAUCGAAAAUUUCGGCACGAUGCGCUGGGAACUCCUAGGUUGCCUCGCAGUUGCAUGGAUUCUCGUCUACUUUUGUUUGUGGAAAGGCAUCAAGUCAUCAGGGAAAGUUGUGUACGUUACAGCUACUUUGCCAUACCUGUUUAUAGGGGCAUUUAUUGUCAGAGCUCUCACGUUGCCAGGAUCUGAAUUAGGUCUCGUUUACUUCUUCUCCCCAAAAUGGGAAACACUUCUAGAAGCCAAAGUUUGGGUUAACGCAGCUGCUCAAAAUUUCAAUUCUAUUGGGAUUGCGUUUGGCUCCCUGAUGGCGUUCUCCAGCUAUAACCGUUUCGACAAUCGACUGAUGCGUGAUACUCUGAUUAUUUCGCUUACUGACGCCGUUACCUGCAUUUUAGCUGGCAUAUGUGUGUUUGGAACACUAGGAAAUUUAGCCUUUGAACAAGGCAAAAGCGUGGACGAAGUUGUUAGUAGCGGACCUGGGCUUGUUUUCGUCGCCUAUCCCGCCGCAUUGUCUAAAAUGCCCUUUCCUCAAGUAUGGUCGGUCAUUUUCUUUUCAAUGUUGCUAUGCCUUGGAAUUGACAGUCAGUUUGCCACGGUCGAAGUAAUUAUAACUUCAAUUAAAGAUGCCUAUGGCCGAUGGAUACGCCUUCAUUUAAAACGUCACGAAGUUCUAGUGCUAUUGGUAUGCUUUGUGUCGUUCAUAUGCGGGCUGCCAAACGUCAUGCAGGGUGGAAUCUACUUCUUUACCCUGAUUGAUUACUACGCCGCCGCUAUUUCUUUGAUGUAUAUUGCGUUCUUCGAAGUAGUCGCUAUUGUAUGGGUAUACGGUGCUAAUCGUUUGGCCCGCAACGUACGAGAUAUGACAGGCGAACUACCGAACUACUAUAUAAGAGGAUGCUGGAUGGUUGCCGCCCCCUGCCUCAUUAUGGCCAUAUGGAUUUUUAGCCUUGCUGACUAUGAAGCUCCAACAUAUAACAAAGGGCAAUAUAUAUUUCCAGGAUGGAGUAUAGGAAUGGGUUGGGCCAUUUCUUGCCUGUCUUUAUUAGCCAUUCCUAUAUUAGCAGUUAUUGCAAUUGUUAAAGCAAAAGGCAACAACAUAGUCCAGAAAUUGAAGGCAUCCAUCAAAUCUCCUAUUCGUGAAUGCCCUUGCUGUGGAAAAAUGUUGAACAAGCAACAUGAAGCUCAUCAUGGAACUGCAGCAAACAAUCCAGACAAUGAGAUUUGUUUGGAGCAGCUAACCUCAGACUGACAGUGGAUGUUUCGUUUUGUAAUAAUGUCGUAAUUGUUUCCACUAUGACCUCGUUGCGUCCGUAUUCGUCUCUUACCCUUCGUCCUGACCGCAUUUAUGUCGUACCUGCUCUAGAAAAACGACCUCCAAAGUUGUUCGUAACUGUCACAAAAUUCAAGUAAGUUGAAACGUUGCGUGAACUCCUCACUGUCGAAUUAUAGUGCACACCUCAAUACAUUCAGAUAUGGAGA